AUGACCCCCCUUCCACCACCCAGAGCAAAUCCCGACCUUAUCGCCUGCUUUCAAUCACACAACGACAAAGUCAAGUUUACACCACUUUCGUAUGAGUGGGGCCCACUCAACCCCCCUGCUGAGAAUGAAAAGGUCACCUUCAUUCAAGGCCUCAAGACGAUUGCAGGCCAUGGCGAUCCAACUACGAAAGAAGGUCUUGCUGUCCAUCAAUACAUGGCGAAUACAUCGAUGGGGAACCAAGCCUUUUGCAACAACGACGGUGACCUUUUGAUCAUUCCUCAAACGGGUCGCUUAGAUAUCCAGACUGAAUCUGGAAGGAUCAUGGUUCGCCCCGGCGAACUAUUCGUGAUCCAAGCUGGACUCCGAUUCAAAGUCUCCCUACCAGAUGGGAUUUCUAAUGGCUACGUUCAAGAAGUAUUUGGGAGCCAUUACGAACUGCCAGAAUUGGGUCCGUUGGGGUCCAACUGUCUCGCGCAUCCAAGGGACUUCGAAUAUCCAGUCGCCAGUUUUGACAUGGAUACUUCCACAUGGGAAAUUGUCACAAAACUUGCUGGCGAACUCUACUGCUACGAACAACCUGGCACACCCUUUGAUGUUGUCGCAUGGCACGGAAACUAUGUUCCCUACAAGUACGAGAUCGAGAAGUUGGUCGCCGUUGUCUGUUCCAUGAAGGAACAACUGGACCCAAGUGCAUAUUGUAUCCUCCAGGCCAAAUCCAAGAUUGAAGGAGUCUCCUUGACAGAAGUGUGCGCCUUUACACCAAAAUACAUUACCGCAUUCGACACGAUUCGUCCUCCAUACUAUCACAGGACUAUGGCAACCGAGAUGAUGGGGCUCAUAACCGGCACCUAUGGCGGCAGUGCAAAGAUUUUAAAGCCAGGCGGUCUUACGUGCGACAACAGUUAUGUGGCUCAUGGAGAAAGCUACAAAGCAUGGCAAGUCGCCAUUACAGAGGAACAAACGCCCAAGCUCACCAGUGCAGGCACAGUCAGUUUCAUGAUGCACAUGAGCUCCCACCUAGCCAUGACAAAGUUUGCAAUGGAGAGACAUGAGAAUCCUUACCCACCUCGAAUAGGAUUCUGGGAUGACUUCAAAGGCGACUUCUUCAACCAUGUCCCCGAAAUUAACAAAAGUCUGAGCUCAUUGGGACUUCCCAACCUCGGAAAGGGCUCGGUAUGA